CUCCGUUUGACUGACUGCUCCGGCGACCAAUGCGGCCGACACUUCCGCUCGCACAGCUAGCACAGCCGGCAGUGAGCGAGCUAGCUGCCGACGGGACUCAAGCGGAACAGAUGGCGUCCAGGAUUCAUAACAAAAUGUGUUGGGUCCUUCUCAGCAGCUGGGCUCUGCUGCUGCUCCAGCUCCUGGGCUCGGAGGCUGUGCCCAUCAGCAUGGAUAAGACCAAAGUGAAAGAGCCAGAGCCCAAACUUGAGGAGCCUCCAGCCAGUGUGGACACUGGACUUCACUAUGACCGCUACCUCAGGGAAGUCAUUGAUUUUCUCGAGAAAGAUCAGCACUUCAGAGAUAAGCUCCACAAUACAGACAUGGAAGACAUCAAGGCAGGAAAGCUUGCUAAAGAGCUGGACUUUGUCAGCCAUCAUGUCCGAACAAAACUAGAUGAACUGAAGAGGCAGGAGGUAAACCGACUGCGAACCCUGAUCAAGGCCAAACAGGACAUAGAAGGAGGGAAUGACAUCGCAGUGGAUCACCAGGCUCUGCUGAAACAGUUUGAGUACUUGAACCACAUGAACCCACAUACUUUUGAAGUGGAUGACUUAGAUCGACUCAUCAAAUCGGCAACCAACGAUCUGGAGAACUUCGACAAAGACAGACACGAGGAGUUCAAGCAGUAUGAGAUGAUGAAAGAGCACGACAGACGGGAACACCUGAAAACACUGGACGAGGAAGAAAGAGUGAAAGAGGAGGAGCACUAUGAGGAGAUGAAGAAGAAGCACGCAGACCACCCUAAAGUCAACCACCCGGGCAGCCAGAAUCAACUGAAGGAGGUGUGGGAGGACGCUGACGGCUUGGACCCUGAAGAUUUCGACCCUAAGACCUUUUUCAAACUGCAUGAUUCCAAUGGAGACGGCUUCUUUGACGAGCAGGAGCUGGAAGCGUUGUUCACCAAAGAGUUGGAAAAAAUCUACGACCCCACCAACGAAGAAGACGACAUGCUGGAGAUGGAGGAAGAGAGGCUGCGUAUGAGGGAACAUGUUAUGAACGAGGUGGAUUCUGACAAAGACAGGCUGGUCUCUUUAGAGGAGUUCCUGGUUGCAACAAAGAAAAAGGAAUUCUUGGAGCCCGAUAGCUGGGAGACCCUGGAGCAGAACCAGGCGUACACAGACGAAGAGAUGAGGGAGUUUGAGGAUCAUCUUGCUCAGCAGGAGCAGGACCUGAACCUGAAGGCUGUCGACCUCCGGAAACAGAGAGAAGAGCUGGAGCAACAACAGGAGCAGCUCAACGCACAGAAAAUAGAGCUGCAGCAGGCAGUAGAGCACAUGGAACGGUUGAAAUCACAGAAAGUAGAACCCCCUCAAGAAGUUCAUAUUGAAGGAAAUGCCCUUCCAGAGAUAUAUCCAGUGGACAAUCAGUUGCAUCCUGAACUGGAUGCUCAACCACAAGAGCAUCAGCCUGCAGCUCAAGAUGCAGCUCAGGAACUCCACGCACAACAAAUUCAAGACCUGGCUCAGCACGGCCUCCCCCACACUCGCCAGGAUCUGCCGCCAGGCCACCAGGAAGCUGCACAAAGCCAACACAACCUGCCAUAACAGCUUUAUCAGAACUUGCAGCACCAGACUUUUGCAGCACCUCCACUCUAGCGUGCAGAGGAGAAGACCCUCCCGAGUUUCACCAGUAUGACUUCGGAGUCUGGAGCGAACUCGAGAUGAAGGAAAGCAGCACAAGCGGAAUCCCUGUUGAAUGACACCAGUGUUUGAUAAUAACUGUAAUCGUUGGAUUCAUGAUGACCAACCGAGGACAUGCAUCUUCAAAUGUGCUCUCUUAGUUGUGCUUGAUGACGUUAGAAAUGAUCCAGAAUGUUUGGUAAUGCAAUCAAUCAAAAUAUAUAUUUUUGUUGAACUUAGUCGACCUGCUGUCGGCUGUUCAAACUACAGAACCUCAAAAUGCCACUGGCUCCACUACCUAAUGGUUUUGUUGCAGGAGCUUCUCAAAUGUCCUCAUUGUGACUCUUGUUUUCUGACUUGACUACAUAAAAGAAUCCCUAAACCUUUUAGAUAGAGAUUAAUUUACACGUGUGGCUUGUGGUGAAAUGCUUCACUGGACUUUUUCAGCCAUUUUCUUUUUAUUUGAGUUUUAAGAUUUUCUAUCAUUGCAUUUGACCUGGAAGAAGAGGCACUAUUGAGAUUUUAACGAGUUUACAGCAAUCUGAUUCCAUAACAGGAACAAUUUCAACUGAAAAAUAAAGGUUAAAACAAACAGGCAGAGGAUGAUGUUAUAAUCUAUAAGGCUUCACUCAGAUCUUUGUCCAAAAAUAUGAAUCCAGUUCUCCCACAGUCCUUUCAACUGAGGAAAUCUUUUAAAAGACUUUUCAAAACAGGACAUUUUUGGGCCACACUACAGUUCCACUCCACUUUGUUGUUAAAUUAAAGUCUCAAGGUUGUCGAGAUAAGGAAAACAUUUUAAUCAUCCAACAAAUAACUAACCUUUCCCCUAAAUCCUUAGCGCUGCAGAUGAUUAAAUAAAGCAGUCAGUUACAGUUUGGUUUUACCAAUAAUAAUUUGUGAAACAACCUUAUCAUACAGAAAGAACCGUUGAACCUCUGAAAAAAAAACCUUCCGUUUCACUCCGCAGUAUAAUUGGCAUUUGAUAUUUCCUUGUUCAUACAUGGAUGUGUGUCAUGUUUAUUUAUGAUUCUGAUCCAAAUUGAUCAUUAAUUCUAAUUUGCUUAAUAAAACGGUUUCAAUGUCAAGCUUUUUUUAUCAGUUAGGAUAUAAACAGAGUAUUUUUGAUUAUUUCCACUGAUUGAAAGUUUUUAUUAGAAAAGGGUGCAUAUUUUUACCAGUGACACAAUCAAAAUACGACAGAAUUUUAACCUGUUUAGGUCAAACUCUCAUGAAUGUUUUAAUUACUUUAUACAUACUCAGUGUAUGCACACACACCCAUUAAAACUAGUAGCUUGUUUUAAUUUUGUGAAUGGCCAGUGUAGUUUGCACUCAGUUCCCAUUAACUUGUGUCUGGCUUGAUCCUAGUUUGAGUAACAAACUGCAGAUUUUCUGAUAAACCAGCAGUUUGAUGUACUUGCUGCCUCUUCUUGUGUAGUGUUGUGUCCGUCACGCUGACAGACUGUGUCCAUGGUGGACGUGUUGCAUCCAGACAAACAGCUCUGCCUUACUGUGGUUUACUUCAUACUAAGUUUUGACAUGGAAUACUUUUGUUUCUGCGUGCCGAGCGUAGGAAACACUACAGCGCCAUGAUUUGCACAAAAUGUACAGGUGGUGUUUCCGAUUACUUUCUGCUGGAUUAAAGUCAUGUGAUGGUACUGUACACCUCCCUUCAACAUAAUAAAACAGUUAUCUUUCAGGUUGAUCACCUGGUGAAUAAUGUAUUAAACUUUCACAGUAUGAUGGAAGACACAAAUUUUCAGUUUGAAAUCAUUUUGUUAUUUGUAAUUACCUUGUUUAUUUAUAGUGAUUCAUUAUAAAUGGCAUGUACUUUGGGCCUGUUUGCAGGCUGCAUGUGAGAAUGAACAAACUGAAUGUAACACAAAGACUUUGCCACUGGAAUUGUCUUGAUGUCACAGGUUUGAAGGCCUCAGUGACAAUAACACCAAACUGAACCAAACCAAUGUGAAAGUGUUCGGAAUUAACAUAGCAGAAAGUAAUAGAACACAACUUUAUUGAAACAGUCUCAAUGAAUAACAUCAGCAUACAAAGAGGUGAUGGCGUAAGAGGUGAAUGGGGUUAAAAAAAAAAAGAAAACCAAAACAUCGAAUGCCUUCAUGAGACGUAUUAGAUCAAAAAGGAAAGAGU